GCGUGGGUGGACACGGUGUGGGAUCUGGAUUUCACGGAGACCGAGCCCCUGGAUCCCAGAAUAGAGGAGGAGAUCACAACCGAGGGGCUCGACACCUUUACAUGCCUGUACGAUGCUCUGGCGCCCUUUGCUGUCGAGAACCAGGAGUGCCAAGAGAAUAUCUGGAGCUUGUUUGCUGAGAACAGCCUGUCCCACCAGGCCCUGGUGGCCGUGCUGCAUCACUUUGUGCACGUGGGCCAGCAGAAGAGAGCAAAUGCACAGCAGAGGGUGUUUGGUCUGCACUCAGCUGGGCUGUAUUUCCUGCUGCUGGAGAUCCCAGGCAGCAGAGCCAACCAGCUGUUCCAUCAAGUGAUGUUUGAUGAGUGUCUUCAGACCCUCACAAAAUGCUGGCCUCAAGUACCAGAGAAAAGAAAGAAGACUGUUGCUCAGAGCUCACAGCCCAAUGCCAGAAGAAACAGAAAGAAAGCAAAACCAAGCAGGAAUGAAAACUCCAGUUUGAUGAUGGUGGAGGGGGAUGAGAUGUUGGAGGGGGAAGAGGAUGGUGAAGAUGUUUACUUCACAACRCAAGAUCUUCAACAGAUCCGCAGUGCAAUCUUCCUUCUUUUGAAAAACUUCUUACGACUUCUGCCCAAUUUCUCCCUGAAGGAAAAGCCUCAGUGCAUGCAGACCUGCCUGCAGGUCUUUGUUGCAAUGACCACCUUCGAGUCAGUGCUCAACGAGGUCCAAUUCUCAGCAGCAAUGGGCAUUAAGAAUGCCAAGUACAUUCCUGAGCUGGCCUAUUAUGGACUGUACUUACUGUGCUCCCCUCUCCACGGUAGAGAAGAUGAGACUCUUCGCUGUGUCUUCAAUCGACUCCUCAAUGUCRUUCUGAUGGUGAAAGGCAGAGGGAAUUCCAAGCGUGAGCCCCUUGCCAUCACAUCAGCUGUGACCAGUGCCARGAACUUGGCUGUAAAAUUCAUCAGUUCUCUGGUAGAUGAGCUGAAAGAAGCUGUUUUUCCUCUUCUCCGGAUAUUCCUCCAACAUGUCUGUGACAAGGUGCCAGACAAGGCUGAGUAUCGCACCAACGCUGCCCAGGCCCUGGUGACCCUGCUGGACAAAUUUCCAUCUAAAGAGUUUGCCUCAUUCAUUGCCUGGCUUUACAAAUUCUCACUGGGCAAAGUUUCCUGCAGAGUCUUUGCCCUGGAUGCAGCUUUGGCUUUGUUGGAGCUGCCUGAGAGGAACCCAGGCACCUCCCUGCCCCCAGAACUCCAGAGGUUUUUGAAGCACAAGUUUUUAGUGCAGGUCAUGGUGUUUGGCCGGUGCUCAGACAGAGCCGCCGUGGUGCGGAGCAAAGCUCUCAGCAGCUUUGCCCAUUGUCUCGAAAUGAAAACUGCAGCUAUCUUGGAGAGCAUUCAGGACUUACUACAGAGCUCCCCAUCCAGCUGUCCACCGAGGACCACACCAACUUCCAAAACUGCCAAGCAGAYGGCCAGCAGUGACACUUGUGGGCCUCGUGGAAAAGAAAUCAUGGCCAUCCUGAGAAUGAGAGCUAGCGAUGAGAAAACCAACGUGAGGAAAUCUGCUCUGCAGGUGUUGGCGACCCUCCUGAAGCAGGGGCUGGUGGCCUGCACGGCUGAGGACGUGGGUGUGCUGCAGGAGCACUGCCGUGACCCCGCCGUGUCCGUGCGCAAGCAGUCGCUGCUCUCCAUCACCGAGCUGCUCCAGGCUCAGCAGAGCGAUGUCCUGGUACAGAAGGCCUGGUUGUAUGGAGUGUUGCCCGUUGUGACGGAUGUGGAGAGCUCUGUCCAAGAAAAGGCCUUGGAUUGCCUUGAUCAGCUCUUACUGCAACACAUAAAAGUUUACCAUAGAUCCAGCAGCAGUGUUGGGACACAGAAUCUGGCAUGGGACCUGCUGUCCCUCUUGUCUUCAGAAUGCCAGGACCUGAGCCGUUACCUGAACAAAGCUUUCCAGGUGUGGUCCAGGCAGAAGAAGCUCACCUCCACUUUCACCAUGAAUGUCAUGUCUCACCUGGAGACAGAGCACUCCAGGGAGGCUUGGAUGCUGCUUGCCAARGGGGCAGGCUCUUUCCCCAAGCUGAAUUAUUCCAAGGUGGUUGAAUACUGGGACAGAGUCAGCAGGCAGCAGGAYGUGAGCAGUGACACCAUGGGACAUGUCCUGUGUGUCAUUGGGCACGUGGCRAAGCACCUCUGCAAGACAACCUGUGAUGGGCUGAAGGAGAGCAUCUGGAACUGGCUGAAGGAGUUUCAGUGUCCCCUGCGAGCCAUCAGCUCAGCCGUGGAGGCCCUGCACAAGCUCUGCCAGACCUCUGCAGAAACACCACAGGAGGCACAGGAGCAGCUCAACGAGGUGUUUGGAGAUUUAGUAUCCACCUGUGAGAGCUACAUCUCCAAUAUAGUCCUCAAAGAGGGUGGAGCAGAUCAGCUGCAGGAAGAUGUCCUGGUGAAACACCUCUUYCUCCUGGGUGAUGCUGCCCAGAUGUGCCCAGCCAAGGUGGGCAARCCCAUCUUCUUUCUGAUCCAGUCCAUCCUGGCCUCUUCUUUCGGCGAGGACCAACACAGCAAGGAAUUUCUCAGUUCCCAGUCGCUGUCCCAGUUCAGAGGCUCAGCCAUGCCUACCGUGGUCAGGGCUCACGCAUUCAUCACUUUGGGUAAGCUGUGCCUGCAGCACGAGGAGCUGGCCAAGGAGUCUGUGCCAACACUGGCCCGUGAGCUGGAGGUGUCACCACACCUCCCUGUGCGCAACAACGUCAUCAUCGUGCUGUGUGACCUCUGCAUGCGCUACACCUCCAUGGUGGACAGGUACAUGGGUGACAUCGCCCUGUGCCUGCGCGACACACAGCCCCUGAUCCGUGAGCAGGCCCUGAGCCAGCUCACCAACCUCCUCCAGGAGGAGUUUGUGAAAUUGAAGGAUGGUCUUUUCUUUCGGUUUGUUAUUGUCUUGGUGGAUCCAGUCCCAGAAAUUGCCAGGCUGGCAGAGUUYUGUCUGCUGCGUGUCAUGCUGAAGAAGAACCCUGGGCUGUUCUCCCAGCAUUUCAUCGAGUGCAUCUUCCAUUUCAACAGCUACGAGAAACACCCCAAGUACAACAGGUUCCCCCAGAGACCSCGGGCGAAGCAGCUCUUCUCUCUGAAGGGGAAGGAGAACAAGGAGAAGAGGAUGAGGAUCUACACCUUCCUGCUGGACCAUUUCACAGAUGAACAGAGGUUCAACAUCACCACUACCAUCACCACCAACAUCCUGGCUUGCUUUGUGGAUGAGCUCCUUCCUUUGGACCUGGAAUCCAGUGAACUGCUCUCAGACACCUUUGCAGUCCUUAGCUGCAAAGAAAUCAAGCUGUCAAGCAUGAGGUCAAAACCUGAGGAGGACAUUGACCCUGAGGAAGAUGAGAUGGCAAUGGCCAAUGCUGUCAUGCAGGUGACCCAGAAGAAGCUCAUCUCGCAGGUUCAAAAGAAGAAUUUAAUAGAAGAGGUCAUCCCAGUAAUCACAUCACUGAAGGAUUUGAUGGAGGAGAAGAGGAUCCCWGCUCUUAAGGACCUGAUGAACUACCUGCGGGAAAUGAUGCAAGAUUACCGAAACGAAAUCCAGGAGUUUUUUGCUUUGGACAAGCGGCUGGCAGCUGAGCUGGAGUAUGACAUGAGGAAACAUGAAGAGCAGCUGGCCAGGGAGAAGGAGCUGGAGCAACAGCAGCCCUCCUCAGCUUUUGGGGAGACCCUUGGUGCYRUUAUCUCUCAAUCUCCAUCUUUGGAGGGAKCUGCAUCUUCUGGUGGCCAGAAUAAUGACACUCCUCAGGCUUCUGCUGGUGGGACACAAUCCACAUCCAUCCCUUCCUCUGAGUUUGCUGUACCUAGAGCCGAUGCUCAGCCAAUGGCACGUCGCAAGGCAGCAUCCCUGACCACCAUGGCCAUCCUGAACGCUGCCAAGAAGGCAGCAGAAGAUGUGACCAAGAAAAAGCACAGCAAGAGCAUGGGGAGGGGGUCAUUGCCAUCCUCUGAGCCCUGGAGUGCCAGCCAGCAAGGGCUCUCCCCAAACCUGAGCCCACAGUCCAAUGGAGGAAACGUGGCUGUGGCAGGCCGAGCAAUCAGCACCCCAGCGGGGCUUUUCCCAAGCCUGAGCCCACAGUCCAGUGGAGGAACCRUGGCUGUGGCAGGCCGAGCAAUCAGCACCCCAGAGGAGACCAUUGAUGACUUCACUUUAAAUGCUGGGGUCAGCAGCAUCAGCUUGAAGGAGACACCCACUUCAGCUCCAGUGGAGGAAGAUGCUGAGGACAGGCCAAAACACGUCAUCUGUUUGAAACCRCCGGAGGAACCCCCAUCCCCACCUCGGAUGUGGAAGGUGGAAUCCCCAGCAAGGAGAGAGAGCAGCCAGCCAGUGCCUCUGCAGCGGGUGCUGCGCUCAACUCGCAAAACUUCCCAGAACAAAUGARCCCUGCCCUUCCUCCUGUACAGAACCACCAUGCUGCCUGAACCUGCCCUCCCUUCUGUGCUUACAAAUGGCUGUGAAUGCACACCCUCCUUAUCUGUUCUGAGAUGGCUUUUCUUCCAGAACAUCCUGGAGAUGGGCAGGCACAGCCUGCAUGAGCACAUGGAUGGGUUAAAYGCUGCUGCUCCUGACAGAGCUCACUGAAGGGAGGCCUCGAGAGCUGCAGUAGGAAAAAAGAGUGGCUUUUCACUCUGAGAAUGUGUAAUUUGUCCAUUUGGAAAAGUAAUGGCAUAAUGUUGCCAUGAGCUUAGCAAUAAAUGCAUUUAUCCCAGCGUGCAGGGUUUAUUCAGCCCAUCCCUCACUGCCCCUCUUGGUUCCAUACCAGAGCUCCCUCAAUGUGAACAAAGGUAAAAAAUCUGGUAAUUGCACGCUACAUCACCUCUUGUUUGUUGGGCAAACGCCUGUGUUUUUGAACAGCCUUAAUGCUCUUUUUACAUAGAAUAUUUCUAUUCUUGAGCUAUGUUAUUUCCUGCUAUUAGCAUUUGAUGAAAAUAAAUGGUUACAGAAUAAAUUCCACCCACGGCGUCUCCCCUU